CCGGCCUUGUGUUGAAUUUUCCACACUUUGGAACUUGAUCAAUUACCACCAAUGUGGGCAUAAGGUACGGUGGCGGGAGAUUGCAAUUCUCCCUUCCAUGGCUGAGAAGUGCAAGUAUUCUUGCAAGACUGCUAGUGAAACCCUAGAAUGGAUUCAUGCAAUUAUCCACUAUAUAUCACCUUACCGUUAUUUCUUAGACGCUCAUGUCGUCAAUUUCUUCAAGGAUAGACUAUGGGAAGCAGUUGAUAAAGAGUGGAUGCAUUGUUUACGGAAGGAGCCUGUUCAAAAUCUUCUCCGAAUUCCGUCUGGUGUCGUUCAGGGUCACUGGCCUGUUUCACUUAAGGAAUUCAUCCUUACUCUGAAGUCUCUUUCUCUUCCACGUGAACAGACAGAUUUGCAGGAAUUUUCAGGAAUGCACAUAGCUUCACUAAGUAAUGUUUUAGCUCAAGGCAUGAAUCAUAAGAAAAAACAUGAAGUAGAAGCCCUUGCUGCCCUGGUCGGUUUAGUUGCAACGCAAGUUGGAGCACGGACAGUUGUUGAUGUUGGUGCUGGACAGGGUUAUCUUGCUCAAGUGCUUGCCUUUGAGUACCAGCUUUCUGUAAUUGCCAUUGAUGCUUGUUCACAUCAUGGUAAGAUUACUGAUGCACGUGCGGAGCGAAUCAGGAAGCACUAUGCAGCUAAGAUGCGUAAAAAUGGCUCCGAACUUAGAGAGAUUAGCAUGCCAAAGACAGUUACAUGCCGGGUGCUGUCUUCUGACACAUUGAAGACCUUAAGUAACUUCCGAGAAGAGAAUGAUGAUGCAGCGAAUCAACAUUUGAGCCGAAAAAGUUCGGGCUCUCAGCUCUCUCGACUUGCUGAGAAUAUACUGCCUUCUCUAUCCUAUAGUGAUUCUUCAUUAGUUAUUGCUGGACUUCAUGCCUGUGGAGACCUCUCGGUGACAAUGCUGAGGACAUUCUUGGAAUGUGACAAAGCUAAGGCGGUGAUUAGCGUUGGUUGCUGUUAUAACUUGCUUUCCGAGGAAGCCAGUGACAUGGUGGAUUCUUGUUGUGGUUUUCCUGUAAGCCAAGGUGUUAAAUCUGCUGGAGUAGUGCUAUAUAAAAAUGCUCGUGAUCUAGCUUGUCAGAGUGCUGAUAGAUGGAGAGGCUUGGAUGAGCACGCAGGGCUUCACAACUUUGAGUUGCAUGCAUUUCGUGCUGCUUUCCAGAUGGUUCUUUUCAGACAUUACCCACACAUAUUGCAAGAAAGCCCUACAAUAGGACGUCAAGGGAAAGCCUUACGACGCCAACAGCAUCAGAGGAUCCUGGAGUCUAAUUUGCAUUAUAGGGGCCCUUCAGAAUCUGGGGAACCACGGGAGAGUGUGGCCUUUUUCCAUGAGUACUCCUCUAUUCAGAAUUCGAAAAGUAGGGAGUCUAGCACUGUGGACAGAUACUCACUAUUUGUAAAAUUUUGUGAAUCUGGGCUAGGUCGCCUACAUCUCCCUUGUUUGGAGGAUAUUGAUUACAGUGCAGUCUGGAGGGAGUCUGAAUCAUAUGCUGAGUUAAUAGGGCCUUAUUGGUCUCUUCGUGCUGCCCUGGGUCCUGUCUUGGAAACUCUUGUACUGCUUGACCGAUUGUUGCUCCUCCAGGAGUAUGGCAAUGAUCUGGAAGCAAGCCUCUUACCUAUUUUUAGUCCUGUAUUAUCUCCGAGGAAUAUGGCUAUCAUAGCUAAGAAAAUUAGAAAGUAGAAAAUCUUCCUCAAUGUGAUUCAACAUACUGUGACCAAGAGAAGUUUUGGGGCCAGGAACAAGCUAUUUACAGGGUACUGGUGGAAGGAAGUAUUUGCGGUGAAAAUGUAUUAUAUUUCUCCACUUUGAGAAUGGAAGCGUGGAAUACUUGUGUUGGCAAGCGUCAGUGGAUGACAAUAUCUAAUUGUGGCUUUCUUGGUUUUGUAUUAAUAUUUUAAUUUGUUUACAGGUAUUUGUUUUGCAAGGUGUUGGCUGAAAGAUUCUCUUUACACACAUUUGAGCUCAAGUUAGUCUACUGUUGUUCUCUCUUCUUUGAGAAGGCAGCUAGGCAAGCCUUAUGACCGAUGUGAUGGUUAUCAAUUGAGCCAUUUUGUUUAAUACGUGGAUCUGACGCUGCAGCGUUUUUCAUAAUAGGAUUUGUUUAAUUUCAUCCAGUUACCUCCUAUAAUCUUUUAUUUUUCCAAUAAUCGUAUCGCUGAUGUAGAUCUUUAUUGGUUUCAAGUUGUGUCCACUCUAUAUUUUUGUGAUUAUCUUAUGGACCUUGUAUUCACUUGUAUGUAGUGUAAGAAACUGUCUUCUUUUUA